CUUGCAUAAAAAACAAAAGAAAACAAAAAAUGUACAAUUUUAAACAUGAAGAUAAAACCCUACAUGUUUGUUAACUGACAGCUGCAUCACUGUUACCAAAGCUCACACUGAUCAAAUGCAACUUAAAUAAAUGUUGCUUUUAUGCACUUUUCUAGUUCAAGGCAUGGAUUGUUAAUAGCUGAAAAAUUGCAUCUUCAUGUAAGGAAAUUAUUAGUUUUGGUGUGUAGUUGUCAGCCUCUGAAAAAGGAUUUAUACUAUAAGAAACAAAUUAAAAAGUCUACAAAUACCACUGGAUGUGUUUUUUUUAAAUAGCUUGUUUUUGUAUAAUAUUUGAUUAAGUUAUUAUGUAAUUAAUUUAGAUAUUUUAUUGCUAAAGCUUUACACGACAAUGCCCUGCAGGAUUAUUUAGUUAGGAAAUUUACUAAAGAACUGCCUUUUCAGGUAAUAUUUUAGUCAAAGAGGUAAAAAGUAAUUUUUGCCAUUUUAAACAAUUUCACACUAAACUUGCUGUACCAGUCCUAAAACUUUUCUGGUCUUUAUGCCAUUUUUAUUUUUUCUCACCUUUAAAUAAACAAGAGUAGAAAAAAACUCAUUUUCCAAUCUGUGUGGUGAUUAACCCUGACUCCAAUUUAUUUUUGUUUAUUGCAACUUCAUUUUGCUUGAGUAGAAGAAGCAGUGGUGUGGUUCUCAAGAGAUCAGAUCUUUAGAGAGGCAACACAUCUAAUAAAACCCUGACAGAGACUCCAGCAGUUCAGGUUGAAGUAUUAGCAGACAGGAUUGUAUGAACUGCAUCUUUAAAUCUAGAAUUAUAAUUGUGUUUUACUCAGGAAUAAUUGUAAUUUAAUGAGUGAACAGUUUCAGUAGUUUGAAAACAUAUGGAUAAUGAGUCUAACAUUGCCUACAUAACCCUAAGUGGGUAUGUAGAAAUGAACAAAUACAGGUAUUUGUAUUUUACUGUUUUGUUUAUUGUAUAUGUUUUAAUAAUCUGUAGUAAUUCUACUAUUGUGUAUAUUAUCUGGACAGACAAGGACCUCCAUGAGCCCAUGUACAUUUUUAUUGCUGCUUUGUUAUUUAACUGUGUUCUGUACAGCACUACAGUUUACCCAAAACUCCUGAUAGACUUUUUAUCUGAAAAACAGAUCAUAUCAUAUUCUGCCUGUCUCUUUCAGUUUUUUACAUUUUAUUCUGUAGGUGGAACAGAAUUCUUACUGUUGGCAGCCAUGGCUUUUGAUAGAUAUGUGUCCAUAUGUAAUCCUCUGAGAUACCAAGCUAUCAUGACUAAGGCCACUGUCACUUCCUUUCUGAUUCUUUCUUGGAUUAUACCUUUUAUUCACCUUGGAGCUGAGACCUUUUGGAGUGCUAAAGCUAAAUUAUGCAGCUUCAAUUUAAAAGGAAUAUUUUGUAAUAAUUCUAUUUUCCCACUUCAGUGUGUCAAAUCAAGACUAAUUACUAUAAUGGGGCUUGUUUCUUUAGUUUAUGUUGUAAUACUUCCAAUUCUUUUCACAAUUUUUACGUAUACCAAGAUAUUAAUAAUAUCAUUUGAAAAAGGGAAAGCUUUCAGGAGAAAGGCUGCUGAGACCUGCAUACCCCACUUGUUGGUUUUAAUCAAUUUUUCUUAUUUAGCUAUAUUUAGUAUAAUUAUAGCUCGUGUGGAGUCUGACCUUUCUGAAACUGUUCAGUUUGUAAUGACACUGCAACUAUUUGUUUACCACCCUUGGCUUAAUCCAUUCAUUUACGGUCUAAAAAUGAAAGAAAUUUAUAAACGAUUAAAAUUCUUCCGUCUGACCAUAGUGUAGAUUCAUGUUGGCACUUUUGUACAGUUUUAAGUAUAAGUGAGGGUUUACAAUGUACUAUCUAUAUUCCUUUAUCUUUUAAUGUUGUUCCUUUGUGUUACUGUGAAAGCUGCACAUAACUAGGGCUGGGUACCAUUAAAUAUUUUUCAAUACCACAACUUCAAAUAUACCUGGUUUUUAAUGCCUAUAUGUAUAAUUUUUUAAGUAAUUAAAUGAUUGUUUUAUUAAACCAAACAAAAACACAGCAAACUUUUAGUGCUAACAGUAAAGGCAUAGUAUUUCAAUAUUUGUAAAUAAGUAAAAAGGCAGUAUUUAUAUUUUCGUGCAAAAUAAAACUUAACAGUAUGAAGAUAGAGUGGGGACAUUUUUUCUUUGGUGUAAAAUAGAGAAACAUAUACUCUUAACUAAUAAAAAAUAUUUGGAUACCAAAUAAACAAAUUAAAACCACUGUAUAAAAAAGAGGCAAAACACUGAGUAAAAUAAAUAUGUACACUAUAUAAACAUGAGUCCUAGCAGUUUUUCUUCAGGACAAAUUAGCGUGUCUC